AUUUUGCUCGCGAAACACUCAGUGCGCUGCAAGCGCUCCGAGCACGCGUAUCAACUUUACGCUCUUGAAAGAGGGAAAAAAAAAGGGAUCAGGAUCGACAGAAAGAGUUAAAUGAUCCCCUUAACGCGUAUCGAAAAGAUCGAUCGAGUAAUUAAAGCACGCUUUAAAUCAAACUCGCGCGGAAUCGGUUCAGCGUAUUUUUAUUCCCUCUUGAACUGAAAAAAAAGAAAAGAAAGAAACUGUUCGGGUGUUAAAUGUUGAAAGAACAUUCGGAGCCAAACGAUAUCGAGCGCAUAUUUUAGAAAGGGAAAUCUAAAAGUGUCCGGUUCCUGGUGUUUAAUGGGACAAAAAGUGUGGAUAAAAUAUGGAUUCGACGCGGCGACGGGAUAAAAGGAUCGUCGGGUGGAAGUUUUUUCAAAUUGUUGCGAGUUGUUCUCGGGAAGAACCUUGAGAAAAAGUUGGAAAAGUGCAACGUGCCGUUUAGGAAUAUUGCCGUGCGUCUGGGAAAUUGAGGAAAUUGGGGAGAAAGUUUGAAGAGAAAAAGAAAGAUCCGCGUACGAUUAAUUGGAAGAAGGAGCGUGUCAAGAGGAAACGAAGAGGAAGACGAAGGAAUUCAAAACACAAAAGACGAAGAAAUCCAGGGAUCGAAAAAUCAGUGGCGAGGAUUUUCUUGUCGGACGAUUCCCAUCCAUAGACUCGAUUAUCUCGAUAUUCACCGGAGGAAAUCGAUCCCGGCUGGAAGUGACAUAAAAAGAUCGCACCCUAUAGAUUAAUUUGAUCGUGAUUGACUCUAUGAAAUUACCGUGAUAUUUGAAUAAAAAUCUCGUUUGGAUUUGCUGCUUUUCUUUUUGCAAGAAGGCAUAGACAUCAAACGUCAAAUGGUAAUCGACUUUCGGGCCAAUUAGACCCUACAGAGAAAACUGCUUGGUCCCUUAGUAAUUUGUAUCGAAACAACUAAGGAAAGUAAGAGGAAAGGUUACUAUUUGUCUGUUAGAGCGAAAAGGAUACGUGACUCCGAUGGAGAAUUAAAGAUAUUGAAAAGGAUCAAGGAAGAUUCGUUCAGCGUCCGUGAUAAAUUGACUGACUUAAAUACUUAUUGCGAAGAUCCGUGGAAAAUCGUUACGUCGAUCCAGUAAUCCGAAGAGGAGCGAAAAAGAAAUAGGUUUGCAACCGUCAACGAACAAAGGAUUAAGAUAAAGCAUUGCAACGUUAAAUUUAUCCGAAAAUUGAACGAAAGCUGAAAAGACGAACGUUCGAUAUUUAUAAUGAAAACGUUAGAAAAAUUGAAACGAUCGAUCUCCUUCGAGACCAGCAAUCAUGAAGGAUUAAGAGUGAAAGCUUCUCAGUUAAAUUGAAUAAGUGAAAUAUUUAUAACGAGGAUCGAAGAAAAACCGUGCUGUGUUAUCUCUGUAAUCGAAAUCGUAACAGAAGUGGAUUUUCAUUGAAGAGGAAAAAUGUGGGUAGUUUUCGAAAAGUUCUGACCAAUAGCCAACGAGAAGGAUUAAACGGAAAAGCUUAUUCGUUCGGUUCAAAUCAAAAGGACUUCCCCAUUUUCGGUAUCCAUGAAGAUUAACGGAGAAACUUUACUACAAAUCUGUGAUGCGAAAGGUUAAAUUAGAAACAAUUCCAUAUAAGUGAGAUACGGUGAUUAAGAAUAUUCUGCAAAUCGAUAUACAACACAAACAAUUGAUAGAAGAUCGUACGAUUUACCAUUGUGACUCCUUUUACGUAUAUUCUCGCGAGUUAAUUGCGAAUAUUAGUCAGCACGAGUGUCAAGUAAUUAUGUCAUGGUUUCACGAUACGCGGACACACGUACCUGGAAAUGCGGGUUAACGCGUCACUGUUUGCACAGGAAGAGAAUACGCGAUAAUCGAUGAUCGGCUUUCCGAUGAAUCAACCAGUUUAUAAAACACUUUUCAUCGUCCACUUCUCGAACGAGGGAAACAACCUUCAAAGGAUUUUCAGAAAAAGAAGCCAAAGAAGGAAAGAAAUUACCAGUUACUACGAAAUCGCGAUAUAUUGCAGAUGUACGUACGGAAAGCUUUCGAAACUUCCAUCGAGAUUAGGCAAAUUGAAGUCGACUCGGUGGCGUUUAAGAAAAGAGCUGAGACAGAGGAAACGAGAUAGCACUUUAGAACGUCGAUAAGAUCUCUGUACGUCAUGGUACCGAAAUUGUUCCUGCUCGACUCUCACAGGGUUGAAAGGUAGUGAGAGUCGAAUCGAAAUACAACGAAGGAUAUUAAACAAUUUUUUUUUCUGAAGAAUCUCUAAGGUACAAUGAACACAAAGAAUUCGGUUUAAAUGGAAACGAUUCUCGAUCGAUACGUAGAAAUGGUAACGUAAGCACGGAACAAAAACGAUAAAGAAGAAGAGACUGAUGAAGACGAUACGAUAUCGUCGGAAAGACGAGAAGAAGGUAGUCUAAAAUAAUGGAAACAAGCUUCGAAACCUUUAACGCGACCAGUUACUACGAUGCUGGUGAAUUAUUGGAUAAUUCAUCGAUUAACGAGAAUUUAGUGAAACGGUUCGAAUGCAAAGGGGAAAUCAAUACGACCGGUCUCUUCGAUUUCAUUAUCUACGGGGUUCUAAUAAACUUGGUCAGUAUUUUCGGGAUAUUUGGCAACGCGAUCUCGAUGAUCAUCCUCUCGAGGCCGCAAAUGAAAUCGUCGAUUAAUUACCUCUUAAUUGGGCUCGCCAGAUGCGAUACAGUGUUGAUCAUCAGUUCGGUAUUGAUUUACGGUUUACCAGCGAUUUACGGAUACACCGGCCUAUUGUUCAACUACAAAUUCAUUAUCUAUCCAAAGAUAGUACGAUUCUUGUACCCGUUGUCCUGUAUGGCGCAAAUAGCAACUGUAUAUCUGACUUUAACAGUGACGUUAGAGAGGUAUAUCGCAGUGUGUCAUCCCCUGAAAGCUAGGUCCUUCUGUACGUACGGAAGAGCACAACUGGCUGUGUUGGUUAUCGUGAUAUUCACUUUUAUUUACAAUUUACCCAAAUUUUGGGAGGUAGAAGUCUACCCGGAGACACACUGGAAGUACAAAGUAACAAUAUACUGCCUGCGUCCGGCGAACUUAAGAAGCAGCAACUUGUAUGUCACCCUUUACGUCCACUGGAUGUACUUCUUCAUUUGUUAUCUGUUUCCGUUCCUCGCUCUGGUGAUCUUCAACGCGGCCAUCUAUCAAAGGGUGAGAAAAGCGAACAGAGAUCUGCAACAGCUGUCCCGGCAUCAAAGACGCGAGAUCGGCCUGGCGACGAUGUUACUCUGCGUGGUGAUCGUUUUUCUGAUCUGUAACAUCCUUCCGCUCGCCUCGAACAUUCACGAGACCUCGUUUGUCACCGAUCCACCGCUUUGGCUGGUAGAGACCGGCAAUCUUCUAGUCACGAUCAACAGCAGCAUCAAUUUCAUCAUCUACGUGAUCUUCGGCAGGAAGUUUAAGAGGAUAUUCCUGAAAUUGUUCUGCAGCUCGAAUUUGUUCGGUCCAGGAAGGGACAGCCCGGAAUUCCAGACGUACGACGAGUCGAUCGUCACCAACAUGACCAACUUAGAACCUAGAAAUUCAAUAAGAAAUUAUCACCUUAACAGAUCGAGUACGAUCAGGAACAACAACGUACCGAACGGUAGCACCCGACGAAGCUUGAAAAUCAGCGGGAGACCCGCAAGUCCGGGUCCUUGCGUCUAUUAUCCUGCGAGAAGUCCUGUCAGGAGCCCUAGUCAGAUGUCCAGAACGUCCAGCGGGCAAAACGGAUGGAGCAAAAAAGACAUGGACUCGGUGCUAUAGUAAAUACCGGAUGAUCCGAUUCCAAUAAAGUCCAGCGACUAUUUUCCCUGCAACAAUGCACGUUGCAUUCAGCGCGACGUCUGAAAGACGAAUCGAGAGGAUUCGAUGGUUCUUACGAGCGUUACGAGUCAAUCGAUCGUAGUCGAUUGAUCUUUAGAAAGAGGAAAAAACAUGUUGUAUCGAUAAUUCCUUUAUCUCCGCCUCUGUACAAUACAGGGGUGCUAAGAAAGAAACGCUCAUGGAUUAUAGAGGUGAUUCUCCGCGUCCUGUUCGAUGAACAUUUGGAUAAAAACCAAGCCAGAAACUUAUAGUUAUUCUGGAAAAAACAGAUGGUGAUACGAAAGUUGGGAAUGGAAGGAUUUCUAGUCAACUCGUUUGUAAAGUUACUUACGUCGUAUCCACUCGAUCAGCUGACCAAUUAAUCCAAUCGCCUCUGUAAUUGAUGAUUAUCACUUCUUGUACACUAUCUGUUUCUAGUUACCGUAAAGAAAACGCUCGAUUGUAACUAUACCUUAUCUGUCGCCAUCUUGAUGUUGUGCGAUUAUCUGAAACUUUAAAAGUGCGAUGCAUUUCACCGCCGAUUGCUUUUUACUGUACAUAUUGUAUGCGAGGGUACAAUAGAAUCUUCAUUAUUCCUUUUUUUUCUUUUUUUUUUGCUAUCAAUAGCUGUGUAACGAACAAUGAAGAAUAAUGGAGAUUCUGCUAUACUUCAACGUCCAAGUAAAUGAACGUUCCUCGAAAAGCGUAAGAUCAUCUCCUUUUCUAUAGACUAAGGUGUGUUAAUAAUGUAGAAAAUCGAUACACUUUUGGAAAAAUCUAUGGUACUUGGUAUAUUAAAGAGUUUAACCCUGAUGCACAAGAAAUUUAUUCGUUAAAUGUAAAGCUUUUUCAAAGACCAGACUCGAUGUUAUAAAUUAUUAAUUACUAUAUCUGUAUCAAAAGUGUAAGAGAUGAUGUAGAACAGAUAAUUACUAUGUACAGCCGCUGAAAUUUUUACAUUACUUUCCAUGCAUUUAUUAUAUUGCAAAAUAUGAAUUUUAAUUAUUAGCAGAAGAAAAGUAUAUGUGUAUACUUUGUAAUUAAUUAUUAUUUAAACGAUGCAUAAGGGUUAAAACGACUUCGAUUACUCGUGUAUUCGGUGUGAAAAAGAAUGAAUAUCAAAAUUAUCAUCUUACACGAGUGUGGAAUUAUGUAUAAUGUAAGUAGACAAUACAAUGUUCAUGUAAAAACCGCGUCCUCAUUAUUAUAGUGCACAAAGAUUUUAGUAAGUUGUAAGUAUCAUCUAAGAAAUUACAUUAUUUUGAUAUGUAAUCGCGAAAUGGAAUUUUCUUCGAUGCAUGGAUAACUUAUGUACAUACAUAUAAUACAUAUGUAUACCCAUUACUUUUUUUCAGUGAUAGAAAAAAGAGAAACGACCAAAACGAAAAAGAGAAAAGAAAAAUUUCCAUGCUAUUCCUACACUUUUAAUAACUUUUCGUUAAUAAACUGAACGAAACGCGAAUACAGUAUUAUCGAUAACUGAGCCAAUGUAAAUAAUAUUUCAAGUCGAUUUCCAUUCGAGCAACUUAUAUUCACAUAUAUUUACACUUUAAAACAAUACAUGUUUACAAUUGUUUAUAAUAAUUGUAAAUUAUGACAUACCAUUGUUUACUUUCAAAUACAAAAUAGGAUCUCGAUUAUGUGUAGAAGGAACAAAUAAUCAUAUAACGUGUUUUCCCGAUUUUUCUCAACUCUACUGUAUAAUUUUUUAACGUUUCACAAGAUCACUGCUAUUGUCAUUCGAAUAAUCGAGGUCUUAUCGUGUACUCCAAGGCACUAAUAAAAAAAAAAACAUUAUUUUUAUCUCUUAUAACUCGCUUAUUAUUUUGAAGCAUUAAGGUAUUCGACGUUAAUUAAAAAUAUUUACAUAGUAAAACUUUACGAAAAUUUCAAACGUUGCUUUUACGUUUUCUUGCGCCAUCUAGAUACGAACCGGAAGAUUAAAAUUUCAUUCCACUUUCUUACAAUUGAACGCAAUAUUUGAAAAUCUUUUGACGUAUAUAAAAUUAUAAAUAGAAAAGUUAGUGCAUUUGUUCAUUCCUUUACAAUUACACCUUAAUGUUUCAGAAAUAAACACAAUGUACCUGAGGUUGUUUAACUAAGUAGGUCAUUCUAGAUUUUUGUUUUAAUUACACACUUUUCGAGCCUAAACUUUGGUAUACUUUUGUUAAUUAUAUACGUACAAAUAUCUUACAUAAAAGAUUAGCACAGUCCGGGCAUCAAUAAAUUCACUUGCUUUUGCUUUUGACAAAUUGAAUAAAGUUGUACAUUAAAUUCAUUGUGAAAAUAUUUAUUAACGUAAUUGUGUCGUUCCUAAGAUAUUAAUGUCGAAAUUUGAAAUCAGAGGGAAAAGAAACGCUCUCGUAAUUAUAAAAAAUAGUAUCAAGUAUGUACAUCAAUAUACAUAAUUAUAUAGAUUGUAGUCAAAAUUUCUAUCCAACUAUUAAUACAUUCAAAAUCUUUGUGAUUACAUACGCAUAUAUAAACUUACAUAUAUAGGCGAAAAAAACAAUACAUCACUGUAAAAACGCUCUGUAUAUUACUUAGAACGUUUUAUUCAGUUACGGUCAACUAUUUCAUAUGAUUGUUAUUUUAAAGCACUUUACACUGUAAAACUAAACUUAAAUGAACUUUUCUGUAUACUAAUGUA